GCAAAAGAAAAAGAAAUUAAAAAAUAUAACAGAGGCUCUAAUCCUCUUCUGUGGAUAAAAAUAAGAUUUUGGAAGCUGCAUCAUAUGUUUAAAUCUGCCCUAAUUUCAUCAAUUAAAAACAAACAAAUAAAUAAAAAUGGUAAGCUUCUCAAACAAAAACAAAACAAAAAUAACAUGGCAGCUGCCUUUUGGUUAAACUUCUACUCAUAAUUCUUAUACCUGCCCGUAUUGUGACCAGCUACUUCCUCUCUUUUUGUUCUUUUGUGUCAAAGUCAAAACCAGCGAACAUUUAACGAGCACAAACUUGUGCGCAAGCGCAAAACGCACGUACUCGCGAGUCCUGGUUCCAUCUUCAGCCAUCUCUUCGCAAUGCCUCGCUCUCUCCUCCCUCUCCUCUUUCCUCGGAGGACAGAUGGGAGGAGACGCUUCUGCUGAACGUGUUGGGUCUGUUGUUUUUUUUUUUAUUCCUGCAGCGGAGAAAACGCCUCUGCUCUCCGUCGGUCACAGGUCCGAUCAUUCACAUCCUCACGCCGCAGGUCUCUCUCUUUCUGCGGGGUGUGCCCGCAUCUUUCUUCUUCUUCUUUUUUGGACCGAGGACAAAUAGUAACUAACUGGAGGCGCCGCGCUGUCUUUGUGUGAAAGCUGCUGAAGUGGAUUUAAAUUUUCCUAAAAAUGAGCGUGGGACCAGAUGCGCUCGUCUCAUCCGUUCUCUGGCCGCUGCUUGCGCGGGUACUUGUCCCGGUUACGGACCGGUUCGACUGAUCCCCGUUCGAUGCUGCAGAAUCCACAGGGACCAAUAAAUAAAGAGAUUUUCCUAAGAACCGGAUUCACCAGCAGCAUCCUGCCAGAUGGAUAACUACUCCGCGUUACCACUGCAGUGUCUGGAGAUGACCACCAAACGGAAGCUGAUUGGCCGGCUGGUGCCGUGCCGCUGUUUCCGUGGUGAAGAGGAAGUGAUCUCAGUGCUGGACUACUCUCACUGCAGCCUUCAGCAGGUCCCAAAGGAAAUAUUCAGUUUCGAGAGAACCUUAGAGGAACUCUACCUGGACGCCAACCAGAUCGAAGAACUACCCAAGCAACUCUUCCAGUGCCAGGCCCUAAAGAAGCUGAGUUUGCCUGAUAACGACCUUUCCAAUCUUCCCACCACCAUCGCCAGCCUGGUUAACCUCAAAGAGUUAGACAUUAGUAAAAACGGAAUCCAGGAGUUUCCAGAUAAUAUAAAAUGCUGUAAAGGCCUGUCUGUGGUAGAAGCUAGCGUCAACCCCAUUACCAAACUCCCAGAUGGUUUCACGCAGCUUCUGAAUCUGACCCAGCUCUUCUUGAAUGAUGCCUUCCUGGAGUAUCUGCCUGCUAACUUUGGCAGGCUCUCCAAAUUACGGAUUCUGGAGCUGAGAGAGAACCACCUGAAAACCAUGCCAAAGUCCAUCCACAGACUGACACAGCUGGAGAGGCUGGAUCUGGGGAGCAACGAAUUCUCCGAAAUGCCAGAGGUGUUGGAACAGAUGCACAGCCUUAAGGAGCUGUGGCUGGAUAACAACUCUCUACAGUCUAUACCUGGGUCUAUAGGGAAGCUUCGCCAGUUGCGGUACUUGGAUUUGGCCAAGAAUCGCAUUGAGACGUUGGAUAGUGACGUCUCUGGCUGUGAGGCCUUAGAAGAUCUGCUGCUGUCCUCCAACAUGCUGCAGCACCUGCCGGACUCUAUAGGAAUGCUAAAGAAGCUGACCACUCUAAAGGUAGAUGACAACCAGCUGACCUCACUGCCUCACACCAUUGGGAGUCCGAAGCCAAAGCAAGGCCUAUCUCUGUUGGAGGAAUUGGACUGCAGCUGUAAUGAGUUGGAGUCGUUGCCUCCCACCGUCGGCUACCUGCACAGCUUGAGAACUUUUGCUGCAGAUGAGAACUUCCUCACACAGCUGCCGCGGGAGAUCGGUAACUGCAAGAACGUGACGGUGAUGUCACUUCGGUCCAACAAGCUGGAGUUUCUGCCUGACGAAAUCGGACAGAUGACCAAACUGCGCGUGCUCAACCUCAGCGACAACAGGUUAAAGAAUCUACCGUUUACCUUCACCAAGCUGAAGGAUCUGGCAGCUCUGUGGCUCUCAGACAAUCAGUCCAAAGCUUUGAUCCCGCUGCAGACGGAAGCCCACCCUGAAACCAAACAGAAAGUUUUGACCAACUACAUGUUUCCACAACAGCCCAGGCAUGAUGAAGAUUACCAGUCGGAUAGCGACAGCUUUAAUCCUACACUGUGGGAAGAGCAAAGACAGCAGAGGAUGACUGUGGCCUUUGACUUUGAGGACAAGAAGGACGAGGAAGACAACUCUGGGAAGGUCAAGGUGGAGAUAAACCUGAAGCGCUACCCAACGCCGUACCCUGAGGAUCUGAAGAACAUGGUCAAAUCAGUGCAGAGUCUUGUGGGUAAAAGCAUGCAUCCAGGACAUGGGCACCAGCAUCAGCUGAGCUCAGGCACUGCCACCUCAGCAGGAACCAACAUGGAGCAUGCACACCUCAGCAAAGAGCAGUACGAGCCUCCGUGGCCCCUGCCCCCAAAAGAGUUGAUGCAGGUGUUUGAUUCAUUUGACGGACGAAAUGAAACUGUUUGCCAGGUGACCGACAGAGAGAUGCAGGACUUCUCUCAGUCUCAGCUAAUGGAUCAAGGACCAAUGCAUAAUUCUGGCAUCGACAUCCCCAAGAGGAAGGACAAGGAGGACUUGACAGAAAGUUCGGAGGACUCGAUGGGCGGCUCUCCUAAUGACAUCCGUAUCUCCGAUAUGAGGCCAACGCUGGUGGAGCCACCAAUGUACAAACCAAAGGUGGUGCUGCUGGGGAAGGAUAAGAAAGAGUCGACAGACGAGGAGGUCGAUAAGCUCCACUGUCUGAACCACAGCGGCUCCUCGGCCACCUACUCCGACUACUCACCCUCACAGGGCUCCUCGGGCUCCUCCAAUCCAUCCGCCAACACACACUCACACACACACCCUCAUGCGCACGCACACACUCCUGCCCUGCCCACCCCCAGUAAGGACCAGGCCCCUCAAACACACUGGACCAACAGACUUGCACAGUCAUUCCCAAAGCCUAUUGACUCCAAGCCCCUGCUGUCUCAGAGAGAAACCCCUCCAUCGGGAACGCUGCAGCAACGGGGAGAUCGGCGUCCACUCAGCGAGCCUUUUGAUUGGUCGGAGGCUCAACACUAUGACAACACGGGUUUUGACGCUGAGGAGUCUCAGAUGGACCCGAUGUCUUCUCAUACAAGUCAGGGUAAUCCGCCGCUGGGCUCCAAACCCCGCAGCCAGUCGGCUCAUGGACGCCGGCCCCUCCUCAGGCAAGAUCGAAUCGUAGGAGUCCCCUUGGAGCUGGAUACCCAGACGCUCCCCUACCACGGUAACCAGCGCUCCACCCCGGAUAACGACCCACAAUCCUCUGGACCUUCUUCCCAAAAUCCCUGGCAGAAUUGGACCAGGACGCCCAGCCCAUUGGAGGACAGGACUGCUUUCCCCUCAAAGCUGGACCUGACGCCAACCUCAAGCCCCAAUCCUGACCGUAAGGACAUGGACUCAAGACUGGAGCAGGGCUCAGGACCUUUGCCCGGAUCCUGGACGUAUCACAACAGCCAGGGGGAGCAGAUCAGGAAGGAUCAGCUCAUCGUCAGCGGGGGAAACAAGGUCACAGUGGUGAUGAGUAAAAGCUCUGACCGACUUUCCCCCAUGAUGAAGGAGACCAGAUCCAAGUUUAAGAAGUCCCAGAGCAUUGAUGAGAUCGACAUUGGCUCCUAUAAAGUCUACAGUAUUCCUAUGGAAAGCUACAGUUCAUCCAUUGAGCAGCAGACCAGUUUGGACCGCCCAGAGCUCCCUGGUUCCAUGGAGCAGACCAGCAUGUCACGGUCUCAGUCUGCCCCCAUGUUAGAUGAUGAGCUGGGCUUCCCAGGACACGGAGGCGGCAACCAGAAUCAGUCUGGACAAAAUCAAAAACCUGCCAUUCCUCACAAGGCCUAUCAUUUUGACCAGAACUACAACCCCCAGGUGACCAUAGAUCGCAGGAUCCCUCCUCCCUUCCCUAACACACCAGAUUAUGUAAACCACUCCUCAAAGGCCAUGGAUUACUUGAGUCAACCGGGAAAGACGCUACCCAAGGAGCUUGUGAGUCCUCGGUAUCGCGCGUAUCCACCGCUGGAGAUGUUUUCAUUCCCCCAAGCCUCAAUCAACCAGGACGGCCCGUCCAGCCAGCAGCAGCAAACGAUCUCAACUCAGCGCUCCAGGCCAGGCUUUCUGAGGAGAGCCGACUCUUUGGUGAGCUCUACUGAGCUUGCCUUGUUUCGCAGAGUUCAUGAAGCCCAGCAGGAGGCGCUACAGGAAGCUCAGUACAAGCAUCAGAUGGACCCGCCUCAUUACAGUCGGGCUCUUGCCUACUCGUCCCCCAUGGAGCAUUCUGCCCUCACCAACAUGUCUGACAACCAAAAUCAGAUGAUGCACAACAAGAGAAAUGGUCGCUACGACGACGACUACACCACUUACCAGGAGCAGAAGAAGCCCAUGAUUGGUUAUCCGACCAAAAGUCUGACUCAACGUCGCCCCCUGUCUGCUAGGAGCUACAGCACCGAAACGUACGGAGCAUCUCAGGCCCGCCCCGUGUCGGCUCGCCCCACCAUGGCUGCCCUGCUGGAGAAGAUGCCGCCCGACUACACCCUGGCCACCUUCCCCGAGAAACCGUCUGAGGACACCAUCAAAGUGAGACCCGUCGUCCCGCAGAAACCCGAGGACAUCACCUCCAAGAUGCCCGCCGACUGGAGGCAGCAACUCCUCAGGCACAUAGAGGCCAAACGGUUGGACAGGAGUGGUGUCCUAAAGCACAACACGCUCACCCUGGGCAUGCUCUAUCAGGGCGGGGGUCACGGCCAGGGGCGCAGCACCACUUUGAACUUUAACCUUUACAAUAACACUAGGCAUGAGCCCCCUGCUGGCCGCUGGCUGCCACUACCUCCGCCUCCGUCUGCCAUCAUCACGCCGUCUCAGCAGGCUGCAAUGCUGGAUAAUGACCAGGAGGGGGUGACAGGGAGCAACCAGUGGGCUCCCUACUCACUUGGUCGGAGAGACGUUCCGCCUGAGAACCUCAUGAAAAAGGGCGGACAUUCACACAACCCCUCCCAUCAGUCACACAACACCAUGAUCGUCACCUCCACCUCCUCAUCCUCAGCCACCGUGCCUCACCGCGUUGUCGGGCAGCAGGUUUAUGACGGGAUGAUGAACAAGGGGGGCCAAUACCAACAGGGAAUGUCGCUGUCAGUGGUACCAGCAGGCGGUCCGGGCCAGUACCAAGGCAACGUCUCACAGGGCCUCCCCUCCCCUGGCCAGGCGUACCCCAGUGGCGGCCUCCCCAUGGCGCUGUCAUCAUCUGGAAACCAAUCUCAGUACAACCCCCACACCUCCCAUCAGCCAGCUACCAAUCCGCAGUACCACGUGAAUCAGGGCAUGACCCACAGCAACCAGGCCGUCAUGGCGACCCACACCAACCCCCGGCCUCAGAGCGCUCGCUGCCUGCUGCAGACUAAAGGCCAGAAAAGCACGGAUGGUUUCCAAGAGCAGCUGUGUGUGAGGAUAGAGAAGAACCCCGGCCUCGGCUUCAGUAUCUCUGGCGGCAUCAGCGGCCAGGGGAACCCCUUCAAACCCUCCGACAUGGGUAUCUUUGUUACUAGGGUACAGCAUGACGGGCCCGCCGCCUCCUCACUGAAGCCCGGAGACAAGAUACUGCAGCAUGACUGUGUAGCUCCUCCUCUUCUCUCUCUUUUCCCCCAACAGUGAUGUGUUACUGAGAUAAUGAUGGCAGUGACCCUCCAUCCUCCCACAAAACACUCACACAUUGACAUGUGUAUGGAAAAUCUGCAGAACACAUACCUCUAUACACACAUGCGCACACACACACAUUGCUGUUGACUGUGCUGCGUGUUUGCCUUGCAGGCUAACGGACAUAGUUUUUUACACAUGGAGCACGAGACAGCCGUCUCUCUGCUGAAGAGUUUCCCUCGGACCGUGCACUUGGUGGUUCUGAGAGACGGCAGCACGCCAUAGAAAUAGUUUUAUAACAAACAAACCCACUUCCCAGCUCUACUCAUCUCCAUUCAACUCUACCCCACCUGCCCUCUGCUGGUGGCUUGUGGAACUGACAUAUGAGCCUUCUGUUUUUUUCUUCUUUUUCUUCUUCUUCUUGUUUUUUGUAACCUUUUUAAAGGAACACACAGACAUCUAUUUGCCUAUUGCUGGACCAAAGGCAAAUACUAGUGCCAAAAGUACCAUGGGAAACAUCUCUUCUCUUCUGUCUACCAGAGGUCAGCGACCUGAUUGACGGACGGACAGACGGACCAUGAAAGGAUGCAACACUUUUCAGUUCCUUCACAGCUGCUGCAGUUUGGAUAUUGUGGUUGUUUUCGAAUGAGGCAGCUUUUCCAUCAGCCAGUCAGAUUUUAGUUAUUUUUUAUUGGAGGAUUUAAAAAAAAUGUUUUUGCUUUCCUUCACUUUCUUAGUUAACUCCAGUAUGUAACUUUUUUUUUUUUACAUAUUUAUUGAAACUGUCACUAUUUCACUA